AUGCCUGCUGUCCUCUUUGUUCUUGCAAUCGUGCCAGAGGUCGCACGGCAUACCUUCCAUUACAUGACUACGGGAAGAAUGCUACAGUCAGACAGAAAGUUGUUCCAAUUGCGUCUAGGCGCGCUGCCUGAGCGUAGUUUGAUACUUAGAAUCUUGGAGGAGUUCUACGACGACGGGGUCGAUGUCGAGCGCCAAGCACUCGAAUGUCCAGCAGAAGACGUAAAUAUCGUAAGAUGUUCAGGUGUAACAUACAACGGCCUCAUCCUUGAAGCGAAGCGAAGCAGAUCCCGUUGCAUGCAAAAGUUCGCUGGCCACCUGAAGCUGCAGAGGAUAUAA